AUGGCUGCGUACGAUAUAAAAGAUGGCGAAUACACCGCGACGAUUUAUAACAUGAUUAAAGAGAGCAAGUAUGUGGAUGCAAUUCAAAUCCUAUCGCAAGAGCUCCAAAAUCAUCCAAAGUCCCGUGCUGCCUUGUCCCUGCUGGGGUACUGCUACUUUCAUGUCCAGGACUUUGCCAAUGCGGCCGAGUGUUACGAGCAGCUGGUGCAGAUCUGUCCCACGGUGGACAGUUACAAGAUGUACCACGCCCAGGCACUGUACCACGCUUGUGCGUACCCUGAGGCCAUGAAGGCGACAUUCCAGAUUGAAAAUCAAGAGUACCAACCAAAGAUCACCAAACUGCAAGCGGCGAUCAAGUACGGUGAAGAGGAUCUCUCAGCUGCCAAGAGUCUCGUAGAGCAGUGUCCCUCCGAGGACCCUGAUACCGAAGUAAAUCUUGGCUGCCUGCUGUUCAAGGAAGGUCGCUACAAACUGGCCUGUCAGAAGUUCCUGACUGCUAUGCAGGUUUUGGGAUACAGACCAGAUCUGUCCUACAAUAUAGCCCUGUGCUACUACAGUAUGAAGCAGUAUGCGCCCGCCCUGAAACACAUCGCCGACAUCAUCGAGAGAGGCAUCAGGGAACAUCCAGAAUUAAGCGUUGGGAUGACCACCGAGGGAAUCGACGUACGCAGCGUCGGCAACACGCUGGUGCUCCAUGAGACUGCUUUGAUUGAAGCCUUCAAUCUCAAGGCAGCCAUUGAGUUCCAACUGAAAAACCUGGAGGCUUCCCAAGAAGCUCUGACAGACAUGCCUCCAAGAGCAGAGGAGGAACUUGACCCGGUGACCCUUCACAACCAGGCCUUGAUGAACAUGGAAGCCAACCCAACCCAGGGCUUUGAGAAGCUCCAGUUCCUGCUCCAGCAGAAUCCGUUCCCGCCAGAGACAUUCGGCAAUCUGCUGCUACUCUACAGCAAAUAUGAGUACUAUGACCUUGCGGCAGACGUCCUGGCCGAGAACUCCCACCUGACCUUCAAAUUCCUGAGCCAGUAUCUCUACGACUUCCUGGACGCGGUUAUCACCAUGCAGACGGCCAAAGAGGAGGCCUACCGCAAACUGGACGAGAUGGCCACGCGGCACACGGACCAGCUGCGCAAGCUGACCAAGGAGGUGCAGGAGGCGCGGCACAACCACGACGACGAGACGGUAAAGAAGGCCGUCAACGAGUACGACGAAGCCCUGGAGAGGUACAUACCGGUCCUGAUGCAGCAGGCUAAGAUCUACUGGGACGUUGAGCACUACACCCAGGUGGAGAAGAUCUUCCGCAAGUCGGUGGAGUUCUGCAACGAGCACGACGUCUGGAAACUCAACGUGGCCCACGUGCUCUUCAUGCAGGAGAACAAGUACAAGGAGGCCAUUGGCUUCUACGAGCCCAUCGUCAAGAAGAACUACGACAAUAUUCUGAAUGUGAGUGCCAUUGUGUUGGCCAACCUGUGUGUAUCUUACAUCAUGACCAGUCACAACGAAGAGGCGGAGGAACUGAUGCGCAAGAUUGAGAAGGAAGAAGAGCAGAUAGCUUACGACGAGCCAGACAAGAAGAUCUACCAUCUCUGCAUCGUCAACCUGGUCAUCGGUACCCUGUACUGCGCCAAGGGCAACUAUGAGUUUGGCAUCUCACGGGUUAUCAAGAGCUUGGAACCAUACAAUAAGAAGUUGGGCACGGAUACCUGGUUCUAUGCCAAGCGCUGCUUCCUGUCCUUACUGGAGAACAUGGCCAAGCACAUGAUCAUGUUGAGAGACAGUGUCAUCCACGAAUGCGUUCAGUUCCUUGAACAUUGUGAAGCUUACGGUCGGGACGUCAAGGCCGUCAUUGAGCAACCCUUGGAAGAGGAACCACUGCAUGAAGGCAAGAACACCGUCACCUACGAAUCACGCAUCUUGAAAAGCCUCUUCUUACAAUUGACCUAAGAUGAGAUGCUUUCUUCAAAAUACAACGGUUUAUGUGAUUUGUAUCUGUCUGCAUAGAAAGAGUGACAAACCGGAAGUUAUGCUGGUGUAAUGCAGUGUCAAAAAGGGUUCAGAUUAAAUUAGAUGAAAAUUAACGCACGUACAUUGUACAGGUAGUAUUUGUCAAUACCUAUCAAGUACAGGAACAAAAGCAUGUGCUCAAAUGUAAACAAAUUUAAGUAUGGUAUGCAAAAGUUAUAUUUGUGGAAAUUUAUUCGGUAGUAUAAGUUUGUGUACAGAAAAUCUGCAGAACAUACAAAAUUCUGAAACUGGUUUGUACAUGCAUUAGGAAUUUGGAGUAAAACUUAGAAGCAAAUUUGACAUCAGAUUUUCAUGUGCAUCAAUAAUGGAAACAAAAUUCUGUUUAGCACUUGUACUACAUUGUGUUACAUUGUGUUUAUUCAUGGAAGAAUCAAUAAAACCAUUGAGUGCUUGGGCAGUUUCGGGCGCUACAGUGGGUAAUAGGCGGGGAGGUUUCAAGAGUACAGUGAGUAAAGGGUUAACAGUGCGUCAAGGUUAAAUUGUAAUACCGUGAAGAUUUUGAAUCUUACAGUAGUUCAUUUGACACUCUCUGACUUUGACACCUAUGUACAGUAUAGACCUUUAUCAUGCUGCCACCAUUUCAACAUGUAUCCAAUAUUACAGUACUGAAUGAUGUUUUUUGUGCAAAGAGGCACCAGACUAUGUUUCCUUCCAGCCUCGCUUUGGUUAUGUUGAUUUGAAUGGGGAAAAGUCAAGCUGCGCAACAUGAUAAUGGUCUAUUGGGCUCUCUCAUUGACCCACCUAAUCCUGCCUAUGCCAGGUUACCUGAAAGUCAGCGUUGUUAUUGUAGGCAAAGAUCAUUAAGCACCACGCUCUGCAGGUAGAAGGCAAGCAUUCAAAGCUGUGAUGGGUGGCAAAAACUGGGAGAAAAACACAGCAAACACCCAGUGCUGGGUCGGCACGAUUAUCACAAUGGUAGAUAGCACAGGUAGGACCAUCAUGCCUGUUGAUAAAGAACUUGCAGUUAUUUUACGUAACAACUAGAAAGCACUCGGAGAGCACAAAGUCUCCCAGGGCUGAACAAUUGUCCGCCAUAUUGUCUACACCCAAAAGAAGUACUUGCAUCAACGGUGAAGAAUCCUUAAAAAAUCCUGGAUCCAGACCCAAAUCCGGAUCACUCCGAAAAUGUGUACUCGUAGCAAGGACAACCCCUAAAACGUUUCACGCAAAUCUCUUCAUAACUUUUUGAGUUAUCUUAACAAACCAACCAACCAACCAAGAAACUAACCAAAUCCGAUGUAAGCAUAACCUCUUUGGCGAAGGUAAUGAGCACUACCGUCUAGUUUAAAACGUGGUUGCCAUCCAAAUGCUUGCCUUCUGCAAUGAUGGCCAAUCAUGGGGAAACUGGAUGGUCACAUGGUACUUUGACACCCCCAUGCGAUUGGAACCUGUAUGGUUUAAAUGAUACUCAAGAAUGUAUUUUUGAUGUGUUACAUAAAACAUCUUAUUAAUUGUUAAUAUUUCACAUAGAUUAAUAAAGAACACACUGAUUCACAGUAAAUGCCUCGUCUUUUGUAACUUUCAUUUUAUUCUUCAGACUUUGGUUUUAAAAUACAAUGCAUUUAUAAAUAUACUGUACAUUUUUUCUUCAUUUGGGACUCCACUUCUUCAGCAAAUCCUCUUUAAGUACACAAUCUUGUAGAUCAAGUUAAAAAAAAAACAUUUACAAAUAAUUUUACAUUGUUUUUUUUACACUUCCCAGCACAGGGUGAAUUUUGUUGUAAACUGCAGAGAAAAAUUGAGAGCAAGACCAAAUAUACAUGCAUAGUUACUAAAUGCUCUUUCCCUCAUACAACUCUGUACAUUGUACACUUUAAUUCAACAACACAUCAAUAUAAAGGUUUGCAUUUCCAACAUGGAUUUCUCAGAGAUUUUGUGAAUGCAAUUAUAAUAUUUUAUCGGUAGGAAUGAAUUGAAGCCACGCAUGUUCCUUGAAAACAUCCUCGAGGAUAUAAUUUUAGUUCGAUCGGCUUGAAUGCGAAACUCCCAAGUGAGUUAUUGAUACAUUUUUGGCCCCUAAAACCCUUUUAGGACAAAAAACAAACUUUUUUAAAUGGAUUUUUAUGAAAUUGUCGGAAGUAUUUGGCAGGGUUUUUGAUUUAAAAGGAUUAAUCAUUUGAUGUGGAACUGUGAAACAGUUUUAUUUAACUUCGAUUCAUAAACGAGUGGAAAGUUUCGUGAUUUGUUAC